ACUGGUGAUAUUAUGACAGUCAGCAGCCCUUUUAAAGACAAAAACUAGGAACUGUGAGAAACCUUGCACAAUUUCUUCUGUUCUGAGGAAGUAGAAGUCCAGGACCUGAAAUUUAAAACUACAAUGAGUGAGGAAAUGCCUAGUGGAUUCUUUCAACGUCUACUUUGCCCUGUGGUUAUAAGCAAAAGGGUUCUGAGGCAACCAAUGAAAAGGAGACCCCUUCUGGUGAGAAUGGAAUGCCUCAAGUAUUUCUCUGUUGUUGAAGAUGGACAAAAGAAAGUUCAGGAGGAAUUUCAAAUCGACAUGGAUGCGCCAGAGACAGAACGUGCAGCUGUGACAAUACAGUCUCAAUUCAGAAAAUUCCAGAAGAAAAAGGCAGGGUCCCAGUCUUAAUGUUAAGAGUUUCCUCACAGUUAAUGAAAAUGAAUAGAAUUCUACAGUCAUCAGAUAAAAAAAUACCUGAACAAAUAAACUAAUUAACAAAAACUCCCAAACAGCUGCAUAUUACACAUCUGAAUUUCAAACACGAAGUGCAUGUAUGGAAGUUCUUGAUAUUUAUAUCCAUGUAGGAAAAUGUAAGACAGUGAUAUUUAAGUGAUUAAAGCUGUUUGUUUAGCUCUAGUACUAUCUCUUCUGUAACU